GGCCGAGGCGCGGCGCGGUGCACACGGGUGCGGGGCGCGGGGCGUACCCAGAGCCAGCGCGGGCCGGCGCGGGAAAGGGACAGGGCGGGGCGGCGCGGUUAUUGGCCACGCGCGGGGAGCAGGGUCGUGCUCGGUGUCUCCUCCCGCCAGCUCCGGCUUGUCUUCUCUAAGCAGAACAACUUCGUGGACAGCAGCGCUCCUUCAUCAUGGAUGUUCCAGGUCCGCUGACGCCUUUCUUCUGAGGACGACCCUGGCCUUGACCAUCAGAACAGGGGACCGAGGCCAGAGGAGGCAACCCCCGACCCUGAGCGCCUCCUCCUGCGCUCCUCCUGCUCCUGCCCGCCUCCGCCCCCGCGCGCCGCCCCCUAGCCCGGAUGCCGGCGCCCGGCCGGGGCCCCCGCGGGCCGCCGCUGACCAUGCCCGGGCCCCGGGGGGCGCUGCGCGAGCCGGCCUGCUGCGGCUCCUGCCUGGGGGCGGCGCUGGCCCUGCUGUUGCUGCUGCUGCCCGCCGGCUGCCCGGUGCGGGCGCAGAACGACACGGAGCCCAUCGUGCUGGAGGGCAAGUGCCUGGUGGUGUGUGACUCCAGCCCGUCUGCGGACGGCGCCGUCACCUCCUCCCUGGGCAUCUCCGUGCGCUCCGGCAGCGCCAAGGUGGCCUUCUCCGCCACGCGGAGCACCAACCACGAGCCGUCCGAGAUGAGCAACCGCACCAUGACCAUCUACUUCGACCAGGUCUUAGUAAAUAUUGGCAACCAUUUCGAUCUUGCCUCCAGUAUAUUUGUAGCACCAAGAAAAGGGAUUUAUAGCUUCAGCUUCCACGUGGUCAAAGUGUACAACAGGCAAACCAUCCAGGUCAGUUUAAUGCAGAACGGCUACCCGGUGAUCUCAGCAUUCGCAGGAGACCAGGAUGUUACCAGGGAAGCUGCCAGCAAUGGCGUCCUGCUGCUGAUGGAAAGAGAGGACAAAGUUCACCUCAAGCUGGAGAGGGGCAACCUCAUGGGGGGCUGGAAAUACUCCACGUUCUCGGGCUUCUUGGUUUUUCCUCUAUAAAUGCAGAGCCCCCUGGAUGGUGGGAAGUUGAGAUCUGGACCCAGUAUCCGCCCUUCCUAACACCCUGAACUUGCCAGAAUAGGACAACUUGUUUCCGACCUCCGUCAGACUGUCUCGGUAGAAGAAUGAUUUCCUUCUAAAGCUCCAGUAUUUUCUUUGAAUAUUGACCAUUCCUCGGGAACCUGGCCUCUAAUUAGUUUUAGACUACAAGGUCUUAAGGAGAAAUGAAAUUAUCGAUUUGAGCAAUUUGUACCUGUGAUUGUAAAGUCAAUAUCGGAUUUUCUUGUUGGGACCACUGCCUUUUCUUCUUUUGUUCGUAUGCUUUUUGCUGCCCCGCGUGAGGAGUGUCGCUGACUCCUGGAUGGACUGCAGGUUGUGUUCUGGGCUCAGAGCAAGAGUCCUGCAAAUCACUGCCCACCAGCUGGUCCUUGAAAUGUGUUCUCUGUGUGUCUGUUCGGCCUUAAGGGAAAGAAUGGCUUCACUUUCGUUCUGUAUUUUUCCCCCGGGGGGAUGGGGUGGACUCGGGAGGGAGAAGGGGGCAUUGUGAACCUGUCAAGAAGUGCUUUAUCCAGAGAAGCAAAUUUUGCACGAAUGGACUGCGACUUUUGUUUUGUAUUGUUUGUGUAUGUGCUUUUUUUUUCCCCCUCAAAAAGCUUUGCUAUUCUUUCCACACUCAGCUCUGUCUCCUCACCCCCAUUUUUAUUUUUUGUGUUGGGGUGGCAGAGAGAAAAUGUAUGUUGAAUUCCUGGAUGAGACCAAACAAAACAAAACAAAAAAUACCUGUAUAUUUUGUUCUGGAUGAGGCCAAAACAAACAAAAGGCACCUGUGUAUCAAAGUAAAAAUGACAGAUGGACAAUUCUGCUUAUUCUUUAGAAGAGAUGCUCUCAGAGGCACCUUUAGAACUGACAACUUGGAUUUUUUUUUUCUUUUUUAAUUUACACUCUGGAAUACUUUAAGAACCUGAUGUUCCUGGGGGCCUGAAUCAUGUAAGAUGAGAACGGAAGCUGUAAUGGCCAAGUCUCCUAAAGAUGUAGUUUCUUCUCCAAGUCUACCUGGGUCUUCCCAGUGGUAUGUUUUCAUUUAUUUGGAUUCACCUCUGUGUGAGCACACCAGGGUCGGGCCUUCAAAGGCAGCAGGAUCAGCUAACUCUCCCUCAGCAUCCUCUUCUGAUCUCCCAAGGAAAGAGGUGUGUUGACUGACACACCCCUGUGAGCCCCUGGGGGGCAGCCACCUGGAUAUCAUGUGGUUGAAGGUAUUGGCAGAGGCAUCCUAGGAGCACUUUUACAAGUCCUUCUUGUUUUGCACCUUGUACAACAAUAUUAUUAAAAUACAGCUGAGAGUUGAUGCGUGCAGGAUUCGUAUGCCAAGGAAAUGUCACUAAUCCCAAAGCAAUCAAAGAAGAGACCUCAAAAUGGAUGUUAAUUUGUCCGUUGUGUAACAAUGUAACCAAAAUAUUGAUGAUAAAAAGUCAUAAUUUAAGAUUCAGAAUAAAUGGUUUUGAUGUCUGGCUUGCUCUUCUCCCUCCACACCGUCUCCCAGCUCUCAAAAUGCGUGUAAGUAAAGGCCAAGCAUCACGGACUUGGGGAAAGUAAAUGCAUGCUGAGCCUGUUUAAAAAACACACAGACACACAACCCCACAUGCGGAUCUUACUGUGGGUCUAGGUGGAAAUUGCACAUUUGUAUACAUUUCAAUUUAUCCGUAUGUAUUUUUCACACAGGAAGAUUUUGGGGGAGAUAAUGUGAAAAGACUAUCAAAAAGGCUGUAUGGAUAGGCAGUCUGCUUUUAUCACAUGUAAUCAUUGAUGUGGCACAAGUUCCAAUUCAAAUUUCAAUCAGGCAACACAGCUAUAGAAGAAACUGACAUUUUAAGAUAGCAUCAGGUGUUUCUAAGAUGUGUGUGAGGAUGGGAAGCAUUGGGCUCCAUUUUCAAAUAAGAAAUACAGUGGAGAUUUUAUAAAUGAAAAAAUGUCGCCUGAAUAAGAGCCCAAGUUUUACUGGCCUUAGGUGAAGAGAAUAAUAGGAUGCAGAAUUCAAUUUGAAUUAAAAUGCUGUUACAUUUUGUGAGGGGGAAAGAAAUCAAGAAACAUCAACCAAAGGCAUGUAUUUUGCCUCUGUGUUUAGGACACAUACUUCUAUCAAAGGCGUUGGUUAUUGAUGCAGGUAAUGUACACAGCAGGAUGCCAGCUAAUACUUUUCUCUGUGUUUUAUUGCUCUUUAGUUACUUAGUCCUCUUUUACUCAU